UACUAGCAGAUGAAACUGAAACUCUUAUCUCAUUCUCUAAUUCUAAUGGUACUGUUUCUUCAACCAAUCAAGAUUUUGAAGUUGUCCUCACGGCGGCCAGAAUGCUGGCUCUCGAUGAUGUCAGUGAUUUUCCUUCCUCUGAGUGGCUGAUCAGAGCAAAAUUUAUUGGUGCAACCUCGAUUAGCAAAACGUGAACUGCGCAUGCACGCACGUACACUGCUGGAGUCUACCUGACCCCACGUUGGUCCGUUAACGUUUGUUUCGAUUGAAAAGGUGCAGGUGUCGGUCCAAAGGUCAGCCUCGAACGCCCGCUCACACAGUCGUUUACAACCAGGAAUCAGUGGGCGAGAGACAGCUCAGAGGCAAGCCGCAGGAUGAAGCACUUAUUACUUUUUGCCAUUACCUUUGCUGCAUUUCACCUCAGCUAUUCUAAUAUCCCAGACUUUUGCCACUUAGCCGAUGAUGAAGGUUUCGGCACGAAGUUCAUCAUUGCUUUGUACUACGACGCCGCCAACGACCAGUGCAGCCCGUUCAUAUACAAAGGCGAAGGAGGCAACGACAAUCGUUUCCUAAACGAACGGGAAUGCAUGAAGAACUGCUCGGCCCAUAUCGAGCGCAGCUACCCAUUAGAUGCAAGGGAAGCUUGCAUGUUGAAGAAGCUCGGUGGUGGAUGUAACGGCAACUUUCUGAGAUUUUACUACGAUGCAGUGCAUGGGAGGUGCAGAAAAUUCUUUUGGACAGGCUGCCACGGAAACGGAAACCGAUUUUUUGACGCAGACAGCUGCAACGCUACCUGUGCCGGUGUCUUCGAAGAAGGAGAGGAAGAGGAGGAGGAUGAGUCGGACACGCCAAUCGCAAUCAUCUGUGGAGUCUUGAUAGGAGUCAUCGUCACAUCGAUCAUCAUAACGAUCAUCGUCUUGACUGUUCAGUCUCAGAAACAGCAGAAGAACGCCCCGGCAAAAAGGAGAGAUGAACAGCCUGAAGUUCCUCUCAGGGAGCAGAGUCUUGAAAUGGCAUAAUCCAAUCAACACUUUGUGUGUGUGUGUGUGUGUGGGGGGGGGGGUGUUAGGUGUUGAUACCAUACUUUCUACUGUAUGUCUUGGAUCAUGAUAACGGUGCAUAUGUAUUUUCGUCAUUUGUGACGACAUGGAAGUAUCCACCCACCGCAAUCAUAAAGGGAACAUCAAUGUAUUCAUCGUUAACAGUGAUGCACUCUCAUGAGUGACAUUCUAGUUCAACGCCUUCACUUUAGCAACA